CUGAAUAUCAAACAAAGACAGAAAUACUGCUGUGUCAAUUUGUGUCACUUGCUGGAAAGCUCCCAUAGACACCACAUUUGUGUGCACUACUAAAUAAAUAAAAAAGAUAAGAGAGUUUGUCUCAAGGUGUCUCACUAAAGUACAUUCAUAUGAACAUCAUAUGCGCAUUGAUACCAUACACGAGAUGCGUAUUAUAUUAUGUGACGUAGAGAAGGAGUGAGAGAGAAACGGAGAGAAAGAGAAACGAACGUGUCAGUUACUGAGCGCUGUAUUUCUGACGGGUGGAUGCUGGGUACUUUGUAACAUUCGUCGGUAUUUGUUGUUGUGUUUUCGAGUGUUUUGUAGAAACGAAGUUCGUCAAGGUGAACGUGAUAUUAAGUUGAAACUGCGAGUGAAAUGGCGGACACGACUGUAGACGCAACGCGACGCUUAAAUGUAAAAAAACAAACGCUGGACGAUGCUUACGCGGCGCCUGCCAAUUUUCUUGAAAUCGACGUGAUUAAUCCGAUAACACACGGCGUCGGCAAGAAACGAUAUACCGAUUACGAAGUUCGUAUGAGAACAAACUUACCAGUCUUUAAAGUAAAGGAUUCGACAGUAAGAAGACGAUACAGUGACUUCGAAUGGCUGAGAAAUGAAUUGGAAAGAGAUAGUAAGAUUGUAGUACCACCUUUGCCAGGGAAAGCAUGGAAACGUCAAAUGCCUUUUCGUGGAGACGAUGGAAUAUUUGAAGAAGAUUUUAUCGAAGAUCGAAGAAAAGGCUUGGAAGUUUUCGUUAACAAAAUAGCUGGACAUCCUUUGGCACAGAACGAACGAUGUUUGCACAUGUUCCUGCAGGAACCGGUAAUAGAUAAGAACUAUGUACCUGGUAAAAUACGUAAUACAUAAAUUGCUAUAAAAAUGUAUCAAAUCUUUUCCACCAAGCCGUCUUAUUCGAAAUCGUGAGAUCAUUUUCAUUACAUUGACAUCUUAUUCGAAAGUUACGAAUAUUCUUCUAUAUUCUUGCAAAGAUUAAAUAAGCUUCCAAUACUACAAUAUCAAAUCAGGAUGCUCAUUUGAAAAUAUUCACGUCUAGUUUAUUCUUUAAAUAUUGUUACACGAAACGUAUAUAUUAAUAAGCAUCUUUAUAAGAAAAUAAAUAAAUGGUAAAUUGGCAAAAUCAUUCUUACAUGUUACUAGAUUUAUUCUAUCUGUACUGUGUUAUCAUAUGAUAUUGUUUAUAACAAAAAAUAAGUAAAAUAAAAAAAUGUUAUUC